UCUUUCAUUCCUUAGAUAAGUUUACGUAAUAGACUCCAAAGAAACAAACCAUGGUUGUUGUGUCACAGCCAGUCCCAAAAUGCAAAAGGAGUUCGGUUUUAAUCCCCGUUGUAGACUUAGCCGACCCAACUUCCAAAACCCAAAUCGUUAAGGCUUGCGAGGAGUUAGGCUUCUUCAAAGUCGUCAACCAUGGAGUUAGACCCGAUCUUUUGACAAAGAUGGAGGAAGAAGCCACCAAGUUCUUUGCUUUGUUUCAGUCUCUCAAAGAUAAAGCCGGUCCAGCCGACCCGUUUGGAUACGGCAGUAAACGAAUCGGACUCAAAGGUGACGUGGGAUGCGUUGAGCAUAUUCUCCUCAAUGCUAAUAAUCAUCUGUCGUCUACUAAAUCCACCGCCGUUUUCCGCCAAAUCCCUGCCAUUUUCAGAGAGGCGGUGGAAGAGUACAUGGAAGAGAUGAAGGGAAUGUCGAGCAAGGUUCUUGAAAUGGUAGAAGAAGCGCUAGGGAUAGAGCCAAAGGAGAAGCUGAGCAGAUUGGUGAAGGUGAAGGAGAGUGAUUCGUGUUUUAGGAUGAACUAUUACAAGGAGAAGGAAGAGACUCAGGCCAAGGAAGAGAUUGGGUUCGGUGAGCACACUGAUCCACAGUUAAUAUCAGUGCUCAGAUCAAACGACACUGAGGGCUUACAAAUCUGUUUGAAAGAUGGGACUUGGGUCCCUGUUCCACCUGAUCACUCUUCUUUCUUUGUUUUUGUCGGAGAUACUCUUCAGGUGAUGACUAACGGAAGAUUCAAGAGUGUGAAACACAGAGUGCUCACAAAUAUAAAGAGGUCAAGAUUAUCGAUGAUCUACUUCGCAGGUCCUCCGUUGGCGGAGAAGAUUGCACCAUUGGCAUGCCUUGUCCCCAAGCAAGAGGAUUAUCUUUAUAAAGAGCUUACUUGGUCUCAAUACAAGUCAUAUGGUUACAAGACUAAGCUUGGUGACUAUAGGCUUGGUCUCUUUGAGAAAUAA